AUGAGCAAAAUCAAGAAGUCGUCUCAGUCAAAACCGUUCUGCCCUUACUGGCCCCUAAGUUGGUUCGACGGCGAGAGCAGCAGCGAUGCAUACGCCGAGAAGAGCAGCUCGAGCGAGGAGGAGCGAGUCUCGGUCGACGACACUCUCAUCGCCGACAGCCUUACUGACAGCCGCAUUCUCGACUUUGGCAACGACGAGAAGGUCUUUGCUUCGCAAAAUGCCCCAUGGGGAUUCCAUCCCAAAGUAUGGGCGGUCCUGGGCAAACUCCGGGUCUUGGCUCCAAGCUUCCUGGUCCGCGAGGAUGGCGACAAGCCACCAGUGCGGCUGCAUCCGAGUGCUUGGCUCGAUGGCCUCCGCGGCACGGCAGCCUUCCUUGUGGUAUGGCAUCACUCGUCGCUGGUCUACUUCAGCUGGCGAGUCCACGACGGCUACGCAUCCUCCCCGGGCGCGGAUUGGCUGCACCUCAUCCAGCUCCCCAUCAUCCGGCUGGUCAUCUCGGGCGCCCCGCAAGUCAAAAUCUUCUUUGCCAUCUCGGGCUAUGCACUCUCAUACAAGCCCCUCAAGCUCGCCCGCGCGGGGAGGUUCAAUGAAUGGGCCUCUGCCCUGAGCUCGUCCGUCUUCCGCCGCCACCCGCGCCUCUUCCUCCCCGCCGUCUUCAUCCUCUUCUUGGGCACCUUGGGCGGUUGGUUCCAACUCUACGGCGGCCAGGGCGCAACCGGGGGCGACAAUUGGAACUCACACGUCGCCGUGCCCGUCCGAGCGCCGCCCUACAAGGAGGCUCUCGGCGAACAGUUCGCCCACUGGGGCCGCACGGUCCUGUCCAUUACCAACCCGCUCGCCACGGACCUGCGCCGGGGCGCCACCCCAUACGACUGGAACCUGUGGACGUUGCCUAUGGAAUUCGAUUGCUCCCUGGUUGUCUUCCUCUGCCUGGCCGCCUUUGCGCGCCUGAGAUCCGUGCCCAGGCUGUUCCUCACCGCUGCCGUCGCUGCCUACGCCCUGUGGUACACGCACUGGGCCCCGUUCCUGUUCCUAGGGGGUAUGUUCAUCUGCGACCUGCACUUUGAGCUCGAGGACGCGGGAAGCGCCAUGGCCGCCACGCCGCUCCCGUCCGUCACGCAGCCGGUCCUCGCAUCCGACCGCCGAACUGGCUUCUGCGCCCGGUGGAGGAGGUCCUUGGAUCGCCUGGGCGCCCGCGCAGCAUCAGCUCUGCCCAGGACCGUGACAGAGACGACCGCGCGGGUCGCAGCCUCGCCUGCCUUCCCCAAGGCGCUAUGGACCGCGUCGCUGCUCACAUCGCUGUGGCUGCUGUCGGUGCCUGAGAACAACCGGGGCGGACGAACGAGCCCCUUUUACAUGGUGCUGACGUCUCACAUCCCGGCCAACUACGGGCCGGACGAAGAGAACCACUGGUGGCUGUCGCUGGGCGCGGUGCUGCUCGUCUUCACCAUAGAUCGUGCGGGCCCAUUUCUGCAACGUAUAUUUACAAGCCGUCCGGCGCAGUACCUGGGCAAGAUAUCCUAUGCGCUGUACCUAGUCCACGGCCCUAUCGUCUUCUCGCUAGGCUGGCACCUGGGCAGGUGGUGCACGGCGCUGACGGGUAGGGAGACGACGGCCGGGUGGGGUGCGGGGGUCGCGCUGGCGUAUCUUGGCUUGUGGCCGGUGCUUUUUUGGGUCGCUGACAUCGCGUCGAGGUUGGUUGAUGUCAAGAGCGUCGAGUUUAGCAAGUGGUCCUAUGAUAGAAUGGUGAAGAAGGUGAUCUAGUUCAGAUGAGCAGUGUCAUUUUGUAGAAUAAUUUGUACAGCGUGUAGUUCUUUCACCAGGUGGAUAUCUGCCUCAGCUAUCAAAAUUCUCUU